GGUCACAAUUUUUACUGUAUGGGCAUAAGAAUGCUAUUUUCAGAAGGCAAUGAAUGAACUUGGGAGUUGAAGAACAGAGUAGUCUUGAGGAGAAAAAUGUAUUUGACUUAAAACUACAUACUGUUUGGAAAAUUGGUGAUACUUAAAAAUGGAUGUUUUUAUCUUUCACACUUGGAUGUAGGCUGGAAGCAAAAAAAAAGAACAAUAUGUGUUGGUUGCUACAGAAACUGAGGUGCCCUGUGUGCACUUGACCAGGAAUGUGAGAGGCAUAAAACCAGGUUCAUUACAUACAAUCGCUGAAUGAAUUCAAAUUCUUGUCCAUUUGUCUGCUAAAUUUCCCCUCCCUUCAGUAACUUUAUUUAUUAUGCUAUAUUAUCCUAGGUUUCUAUUUCCAUGUGUAAAUGUCUCUGUUAAGAUUUCUAUUUUUCCUAUUAACUUUUGUAAAAGGAAACAUUUAACCUAAUGUAAGUAUAAAGAAAUAAUAUUUGUAAUACAUGACGAGAACAAAUUAUACUUUGGUGACUGAGUUCAUCCUGCUGGGAUUGGCAGACACACUGGAGCUACAACUUAUCCUCUUCUUGCUCUUUUUUGUGAUAUACACACUGACAGUUUGGGGGAAUGUUGGGAUGAUCCUCUUAAUCAGGAGUGAUUCCCGACUUCACACACCCAUGUAUUUCUUCCUGGCUAACCUGUCCUUUGUGGACGUGUGUUAUUCCUCCACCAUCACCCCAAAGAUGCUGGUGGAUUUAUUGUCAGAGAAGAAAACCAUCUCCUUUGCUGGCUGCUUUCUGCAGAUGUACUUCUUCAUUGCCUUGGCCACAACUGAAUGCCUCCUCUUUGGGCUGAUGGCCUAUGAUCGUUAUGUGGCCAUAUGCAACCCUCUGCUUUACCCAGUGGUCAUGUCCAGGACAGUCUGCCUGAAAAUGGCAGCAGGGGCUUUCACAGCGGGACUGUUGAACUCCAUGGUGAACACGAGCUAUAUGAGCAGGCUGCCAUUCUGUGGUUCCAAUGUCAUCCACCACUUCUUCUGUGACAGCCCCCCACUCUUUAAGCUCUCAUGUUCUGACACACACCUGAAUGAAAGCAUCGUUUCCACUUUUGCUGGAGUGACCUUGGUCGGAACUCUGAUAGUCAUCCUCGCAUCCUACUCCUACAUUCUCUUCUCCAUCUUUCGUAUGCAUUCCGGGGAGGGACGACACAAAGCUUUCUCAACCUGUGCCUCUCACCUGGCAGCUGUAAUUCUGUUCUACUCCACUAUCACCUAUACUUAUCUGAGACCUACUUCCAGCUACUCCCUGGGUCAGGACAAAGUGGCUUCUGUCUUCUACACAGUGGUGAUCCCCAUGUUAAAUCCUCUGAUCUACAGCCUCAGGAAUAAGGAUGUAAAGAAAGCUUUAUGGGAUGUAAUGACAAGGAAAAGGAUCCCUUCAUUCCAGUGAUUGUUUGGUAAAUUUCCUAUAACUUUCAGACUGUUUAAUGAGUUUCAUAGGUUGAU